AUGAGUUCAGAGAAAAUUGCAGAAAACGCACGCCUCCUAGGAGGGGAGGAUGUGGAUGUAUCGAAUAAUAGAGUACCGCCACCAGAGGCAAGUGUGUUGAAAGGUCCCUCUAGAUUAAAGGCCCUCCAAGCAGUUGCCCAUUCAGUAGCGUUUGAUGAAGAUCAAAAUAUCAAGACGCCUAAAAAUAACGCCUUUUGGAAUCAGGAAAUGGGUAGAAUUCAAUAUUUUAUCUGUAAAAUCUUACUGGUGGGGAUGUACUUAGUGUUUGGAUCAUUUCGAUACCUACAAUAUGAGUACAAUGCGAUGAAGUUAAGGGUUUGGAAUGUGAUUUACAAUCCAUCUAACACACCACAGCUGAUUAGACAAGAUGUUACCAAAUUGGACAAAAUCCCACAUAGACUAGCUGCCAUAUUAGAGAUGAAAUCAGCCGGAUCAGUUGGUGGUGGUGCCAAAGGGUUGAUGAAUGACGGUAGCGAAGUUGUAUGUUGGACGGUUUCAGCAGGUAUCAAACAUUUAAUACUUUAUGAUUUUGAUGGGAUUUUAAAGAAAAAUGUGCUUGAAUUCAGGGAAGAGAUUAGAGCGAAACUGAGUAAAUAUUUUGGACCUUCUAAUGUGCCCAAAUUUGCCCUAAGGAUCCCACACAAGAAUAAGGUUUAUUUCAGUAAUGAUGACAGCGACAAGGUUUCGCUAGAAAUUUCUUUGUUAAGCAAUAGAGACGGUAGGCAAACUAUUGUUGAUUUAACAAAGACAAUGGCGGAAUUGACAAAAUCUAAAGAAUUAAAGGCAGAAGAUAUUACAAUGAGACUAAUGGAUAAGGAAUUAACCCAACUAGUUGGACCUGAACCGGAUUUACUACUCUACUUCGGACCUUCACUAGAUUUACAAGGUUUCCCACCAUGGCACCUCAGAUUAACGGAAUUUCACUGGGAGCAAGACAACAACCAAGUGGCAUAUUCGAUAUUCAUUAGAGGGUUGCAUAAGUACUCGAACUGCAAGAUAAACGUCGGAAAAUGA